GAAGAAAAGAGAAAAAAACAGAAGAAAGAUUAAGAUUCGACGAUGAAAAAUUAAACGAAAAUACUUACUGCUUAUGAUGCAUCAGUGUGGGAAGCGCACAACGAUCCGUGUAAUUACUCGACCGACGUUAUAACCUUGUUAUACGUUCCGUCGAAACGAUUAUACAAUUGCCCGCCUUUACGUAAUAUCACGAUACCCGUGCAAGUGUCCGCCCUGUGCUUUUCUUUCGAUCAAGGUCAUCGAAAUCGAUCGAUCGCGUUUGUUGUUGCGAGUGAUGGCUCGCGAGCAGUUUGAAAAUACUGGACGGACGGAUACUGGGGAGAGGGGAGAAGUGAGGCGCGUGAAAACGCGACGCUUCGAGUCCAGCAUUCGAAAUGCCAACUCGAGGGGGAGAGGGACUUUCGCAAACAAACCGCGCAUCGCACUUUUCGUAAGCGAACCUCCCCCGAUCGCUCCACCUGUCCGAUUCGUAUAAAGCGAGGACGCUUCCACGACCUCAUCACUCGUCGCUCAACAGCCGAAUCGAACAAAGCAAGCUCGAAAAAUGAUCAGGACAGUGUGCCUAGUUCUCCUCGUGGCGGCCGUCGCCUCAGCCGGACUGCUCCCUGCCGCCCCCUUGGCCGUGGCCCCGGCGGUGGCCGCUGUUCCAGCGCCCAUCGUCACUGCUAGAAGCAGCCAAGUCGUAGCCAGGAAUUACAACACGUUGGCCGCUGCGCCGCUCGCGGCCGCUCUGCCCGCCGCCGUCGCCGCACCAUUGCCGCCCGCUUACCCGCCCCUCGCCGUCGCCGCGGCUCCCCUUCACGCGGCACCGCUCCCAUACGCAGCGCUCAACUAUCCCGCUGUUGCCAUAUAAUCCCUCUGAACACGACC